UUCUUCAUAGAGUGUGGUGCGCUGGAUGGUGAGACUCGCUCCAACACUCUCUACCUGGAGAGGUUCCUAGACUGGACAGGACUGCUGAUAGAGGCAGAUCCGCUCAACUUCAGCCAGAUGCUUCAUAAGAACCGCCGAGCCUGGCUGUCUCCGACCUGCCUCAGCAAGACAACACAUCCGCAAGUGGUUUCGUUCAAGCAGGACUUCAAUGUGGGAAGGAUAUCAGACAAGAACAUAGGUGAGGAGAGGCCAGGAUAUGUUGAUGUUCAAUGUUUCCCACUCUACUCCUACCUUCUAGCAAUGAACAUCACCCAUGUAGACUACUUCAGCCUGGAUGUGGAAGGGGAUGAGCUGAACGUCCUCAAGACGAUUCCAUGGGACAAAGUAGACAUUGAUACACUGUCAGUGGAGUUUGUCCAUGUAAAUGACGGUAAGGAUUCCAUCCGAGACUUUAUGACAUCCAAAGGUUAUGUAGUUGCUGCAGAAGUCACUCAUCCUGAUUGUGUAUUCAUUCAACUUAACCUGUCUAAUGUCUAAGACUGUGUAUUUGCAGUGGAAGAAGUUUUUUAAAUGUUUAAACAUAGGAUUACAAAUUAAAUUACUUUUUUGGAUCGACAAGAUUUAAGAUUUAAACCAGAUUUAACCAAGGUUAAAACAAGAUUGUUAUACAGGGUGACACAAAGGAACCGGACGUUUUUUAAAUAAGUAGUAAACAGUAGUUAAAAGGAAUAAAAUAGUUUUAAUACUGUACAUAGUGAGGUAAACAUUUGCCAUUUGUUACAAAACAGUCAUUUUUUGAAAAUGACGUCAUGAAUAUGGUGGCCAUGUACUUAUCUACAAAUGUUCAUUCUGGUCUGAAAAUCAUCUUAAACUCGGGUCAGGAGGUCUUGUUCAAUGCCAUUGAUAUCCUCUGUGAUUGCAAACUUCAAAUCCUCUAGAGUGCGUGGUUUGUGACCAUGAACACGCUCCUUAAGAAACACCCAAAGGAUAUAAUCACGAGUGGACAAGCCACGUGAUCAUGGCGGCCACAGUAUGUCACCAAAGCGAGAUCACCUUGUUAGGAAACAUUAAUUCAAUGCUGCUCUCACUCUGGCGAUGUUUUCGGGUGUUCUCGAAGGUCUAAGGGUGGUUUCUUUCUUGUUAUAUUCCCAGUUGUUCGGAACCCUGAAACCCAUCUUAAUAGCGUGUUCCGGCCUGGAACCGUUCAAUGGCGUUCAAUAUCAAAAUGUCGACUAAAUUCCCGCUGGAUUUGACGACGGAUUCACCAUUUCGGACCAAAGUAUUGUAUGCGAAAACGCGAUGGUCUAGGGUCCACUGAGCCAUUUCAACAAAAAUGGCAAGCCUCACUGAAGGUAAUGACAUAACUUCAAUCUUACUACCACGUGCGACAACAAUGGAACAGCUGUUUAAAAAACGUCCGGUUCCUUUGUGUCACCCUGUAUUUGUUAUAAUCAAUGAAAUAUGAAAUAUUUUUGUUAAUGUUUUUUUUUCUAUCAUUACUUGCAUAAUUUUAUAACACUGUUAACUAUUUAUUUUUUAUGUUAAGUUAGACAAAUUUCUUAUACCAAAGACUUUUAUUUUAAAAUUUCAGCAACAAAACUUAGAACAAAUAGGGUCAAACAUAUUUCUUAAAAAGAAACAUAUUUCUUGAGUAUUAAUAAUUAUCUUAAAUAACACUCUCUUUAAAAGGGUUACAAUCAUAGCUUUUUUGUGUUUCAUUCGAUUUAAGCAUCAAAUAAGUUGAGAUGUAGCAUCAGUAACAGUCUGUGAUCCCUUUAAUAUUAAGUAAAAUGACAUGUCACAAGAAAAGGUUUGCUCAAAAAAAGUUUUAUAAGUGCGUAAAAAAGAAUGACAGUAAAAAAACAAAGGGCUAAGUAAAAUAUAGUUAACAAUUUCUUCAGAAGGUAACAACUGUAUUGUGUGCAGUAAAACAUGUUGUUCUCUACUGGUAUGUAAAAUAUUAUACAGUCAAACAAGACAUCAAUUUAUAACCCUAAUUUAUUAUAACCCUAAGACGGAAAUUUUGCCCAAUGCGGGGAUAUAGAGGAAAGGGUCUAUUAUGGCAGAAAAUAAUGACCUUUCAAAAACAUUUGUUUUGUCACCAAGCCACCAGCUAUCUGAGACUUACCCUCCUCAAACCCCUGCUAACAUUAACUUUCCUUGUGUGGUUGAAAUUAAGGAAGACCCAACGUUUACUUAAACGAUAGUGCAGCGUUUUCACCCCAUUUGCAAAGUGCCUUGUCAGGGUGGUUUGACUGUAACCUUGCAGCAGAACUCUUAUAUUCCUAGGACCUUGAUUUCGGAACCCACAAAUUACAGCAAAGUAAUAUAAGAAGUUAAAAACAAGCGUUCCCAAUAACUAAGCAGCAUAAAGGUCAGAAAUGUAUUGACCAGUUUUUAAAUUAAUGGUAUAUACAAUUUCUUGGCUUGUAAAACUUGUGUAGGAAAAAUACACUAUGUAUUUAUGGUAUUUAAAAUAAAAUAUCUGAAUGCAAUUUACUCUUGCUGAGCCCUUCAAGACUUGUUGACAGAAGGCGAGCGAAACUCAGGUUGGAUAUUACGAGAAGUAGGUUAUUCUGAGAGUAUUCUUCAUGUGUGGGCUUUCGCAGCUGGUUUCAUUGAAAUCCGUAGUAAUGGUUUGCGGCGUCAAGCAAGGGAAGUAUGCAUUCCUGCAUUUCACGCGUGCGCCGAUGACCUCACCCCAGCUAUAUGUAUACCCUACCUGGACGAACUUCUCUGACUUAGUCUCAGCCUAUGAUGCCACUUCAUAGUAAGAGCGAAACGUCUGGCAGUGAAAUUCAACUGCCGACACGGUUGACGCCAAAAACCAUCACCAUGGAUAUUCUGAGAGUACUGUAAUGAAUAUCCUGAGUUUAUAUAUAUAUUUGGAGGAAUUGGUUAUUGUGAGAUCAGAUAUUAGGAAAUGUCCAUUAUCCUAGGAUUGGAUAUUUGGGGAAGUAUGUUAUCCAGAGAUCAAAUAUUUGGGAGAGUCCGUUAUCCAGAGAUCAGAUAUUUGGGAUGGGGAUGCUGGGGUUGUCCAAUAUACAGAGAUCAGAUAUUUGGUUGAGUCUUUUAUUCUGAGAUCAGAUAUUUGGGGUGAGGUUGUCCAUUAUCCUCAGAUAAAAUAUUUGGGGGAGUCCAUUAUCCUCAGAACAUAUAUUUGUGGAAGUCUGUUAUGCUGAGAUCUUGUAUUUUUGUGAGUCCAAUUUCGGGAUCAGAGAUGUUGGGCAGAGGUGGUUAUCCUGAGGUCAAUAUAGGGAUUCUACUAUAAUAAUAAAGAACAAAAUACAUAAUUUAUUUUUAAUUUUAGGUCAGAUAUGACUAGAUUAUCAAUGACGCUGAUACAUACCUGGAUGUGUAAGGUUUGGCAGAAAUGUUGUAAAUAUGAGUGAUAGGUGAAUGAGUGAUAGCUUUGUUACUGACUCUCGGUUAGUUGCUAAUUUAGCCACAGCUGUUUAUUAAAAUGUUAACGAUCUAUGGCAGCUGGGUCCAGUAUUAAAUCAUCAAAAAGAUUUAAUGUUUAAAAUUACCAUAAAAGUUUUGACAAGUCUAUGAUAGAUGAGGGAUGAGUUAGUUAGGAGGUAAGGUAUAAUGUGGUGCUAAUGAGAAAUUGAAAUAACAUUUUAACUUAGGUAGCUUUGUAGUUAUCCAAAUCUAGGAUCUCGAUAGUUUGACCUACUUUUGUAGUACGGUAAUGUUUGAAAACUAACAAUAUAUUUUUGUAACAUUUUAAACAAAAGCUUUUUUGUCCUGCUUCCACACUAGGUUUUGGAAUAGUAGACUUUUAAAUUAUCACAUGCUAAACCAAGAAUGAAUAAUAUUUUUUGUCAUAUUGCAGCAAAUACAGGUUGUUUUAAAUGCAUGUGCUAUGGGUCUAAAGUAGCAUUUUUACUCUCUAGGGAGUAAAAAUCAUCUGUUGUAAACAGUUGUAAAUAUCGAAGGUAUAAUGUACUGUAACUCAAUUGCAAUAGACUAAAUGAUUGAAUCACUUAAGCUGACAGCUGCUUAAUUGCUUUAGCAGAAUUGAAAACAAGCUGGAAGUCGUUUUGAGAGGUUAUCUUGACAUAAACAUUAUUUCGUUUUCUAGCUUAGUUUGUUAAUUAAUGCUGCAAUAUGGUGAAAAAUAUAGUUCACCACACGGACAAAAAGAGUCACUUUAGGCUCUAGUGAUGAAAUAUACUAUUUUCUUUGUUUAUAUUUUAUACAAAUAAGGCACACACUGCUUAGCUACUUAUGAAAUCAUUUAUUUUAAAAAUGUUGAAGUUUAAAGUAUUUUUUAUAAUAUUUAUAGCAGUAUUUUCAUGUUGUUUUAUGUAUAAUAAUUUAUAUAUUUAAAUAUUGAAUUUAAAAGAUGUAAAUGUUUACUGUUAGUAGAGUUUAUGAAUUGCAAUUGUUUAACUUAUGUCAACUCCAAGUCCUAUAUAUUAUAGUAAUUUGUCCAUAAUAGUGGAAUGAGUUAAGAGGUUAUAAUAUAAUUUGUUUGGUAAUACAAAAUGUUA